AUGGGAGGCACCCACGAUUCCCUCUCCACUGCUGGCUCCGGCGCCAUUCAGGACCAUUCUCGGCAUGCCACGCCCGCUGACGUCCAUCGUCAGCACCUGUGCGUGCUGCUUUUAGGUGCGCCUGGACCCGACUUCAACCGCUUCCCACCCCUGCAUUCCACGAUUCCUAAAAAAUCCCACAUUCGAGUCUGGGGUGGCUGCACGAAUCAGGCACUCUGUGAUUGGCCAAUACCAGGAAUGACAAUGCAGUUGGUUCAUCUAGCCUUCACCAUUAUCUCCACUUCGUCACAGACCAACCAGGCGCAUGCUUCAUUCUACCUACAUCCGCAACAUCACAGCGAUUCAACACUGAAAUAUCUCCAGUCACGUCCGACUACCUCCAACCCGCGACGGACCGUUUCUGUAGCCGCCAUCAUGUCGGGCCAAAUUGCAGCUUUGGAGGAGGACCGCCAACAGUAUCAAGAGCAGCUCGAUGUUGUUCUCGCCGGCCUCAAAGAUGAUCCCGAAAAUGCCGAACUCAAGAAUCUUCAGGCGGAGUUGAAUGACAUGAUUUCCCUCCUAAACGAGUCUCUUGCUGAGCUGCAGCCGAAGCAGGCGCCCAAGCCCAUCCCUCAAAAAGCGCCCAGCCCGCCAGAGCCCGAGAAGUGGUCCAAGGAAAACCACCCAGCUUUCAAGAAGGCUGCACCCGCCCCCGAAGAGAAGGAGGAACCACCCGUUACGUACUCGGUGAAUGACACUGUCAUGGCGAAAUGGGCAUCGGGCGACAGAGGCUUCUAUCCUGCCCGAAUCACAUCAAUCACCGGCUCUUCAACAGAUCCCGUCUACAUUGUCAAGUUCAAGAGCUAUGACAACACGGAAACGCUGCGAGCCAAGGACAUCCGCCCCAUGUCCAACAAACGCAAGGCUGACGGAGCACCAGCUCCCGCAUCUAGCACCGCACAACAGACCGCACGUCCGCCGGGCCCCUCGAAUGGUGUCGUUACAUCCGCAGCAGCUAGCUUGUACCCUGAGCAACAAGCCAAGAUUGAAGCAGAAAAGAAUGCUGCCGAUGGCGCCGCAAAGCCCCCUAAAGCCAAGAAGAUCAAAGCUACGAAAGAAUUGGAAAAGGGCAAAUCCAAGUGGCAGGAGUUCAACUCAAAGUCCAAGUUUGGAAAGCAGAAGAAGGACAGCAUGUUCCGCACACCUGACGGCGUUGGCGGCCGAGUUGGUUUCACAGGCUCUGGCCAAGCUAUGCGGAAAGACACUGCUCGCAGGAUGCGGGAGGAUCUUGAGAGAAGGAGGUUCAAGGCAUUGGCGUUCAUGGGUGAUUUGGCACUCUCAAUCUCUUCAUGGCGACCAUGGGAUUAUGAUCUCAUCUGGACUCUGCGCAUCAAGCGCGGGGGGGUCCCUUGUUACAAAUACAUGAGAUGCCCAACUUCCCCAGCUUCUUGGCCACCUUGA